AUGCCCCUUAGAGAAAAGUAUGGAGACCCGUACAGAAUAUCGAAUGUCUACCUGAAGAAAAUCAAUGAAUGGCCCACCAUUUGGACCGGUGAUGAACAGGCUCUAAACAAAUUUUCUGUAUUUCUUACCCAGCGCCGAGGUGCUAUUACAAAGCUGACCUUCCUAUCAAUCCUCAAUCAUCCACUAAAUUUGCAGAGCAUGGUGGCCUUGCUUCCUUCCCAGCUCCAGGACAGGUGGUGCCGUGAAGCCAGUAGAACAAGAAUGUCUGAGAGAGAGAUUCCUGCCCUUGGAAACUUCGUAAAAUUUGUGAACGCCAAGGAGCCUGCUUCCGUUGUUCCCAUCGCCCCUGUCAGAUUAAGAUCAGGAUCUAGAGAGAGUGAAGAACCUAAAUACGCCAUGCUAGACAUGUGCAGCACUGGAUCAUUUGUUCUUGAGGACAUUGCAGAUAGCCUGGGUAUAAAGGGAGCUGAUACACGAUUAACGGGGAAGACCAUGAAUGGAAGGCAAUUGCAAGACACAAAGAUCCAAAAUGGAUCAGUUUUCUCAGAUCUGAGAGGCAAAAAUCGCGUUCAACUGCCAAAGGUACUGAUACUUUAUGGAAUGAUGUUUGAUAGCUGUACAAAGGUUAUCAAGUUUCAAACUGCUUUUGGAGGAGUUCAGUGUAUUUUGUCUGUUGGAUCGCUGGGUUACAUUCUUGGCCUUUUACAAAAGUAUCAUGACAGUGAUAGACUUAACUUCAACUGCGACCCCAAACCCAGUGAUUUUAUCAGACAACGUUGCUAUAACAACUACAUUUCCACAGUUACCAAGCCUCAUGGGUUAAUACCUCGGAAUGUUGUUGCCACGACACUCGGUAUUUUGUGCGCAUGCUGGAUCAUCUUUGCAAUUUUUGGCGCUGUGACCCUUCAAAAAAGAGCAGGACACAGAAAUAACAAAAACACAAAGAAAUUUCUUUGCGGCUACUUCAUCCAUGUAAUCUUUCGAAUAUUGUUCCUGGGUGUUAUGCUGGGGCUGGUUUGCAGUUACCAGACAAUUUCUUUACCUUCCAGUUUUAAGUGUGAUGUUAAUAAGAUCUUGCCGACCAACAGUCAAACCACGCUGAGUCCACUCAAGCAGACAAAUAGAACAUUGCAAUGUAAUGAUCUUCAUCACCAGGAGAAAUCAAACCUAAAUAAAGCUUUCAUCUCUGUCGAUGCCUUUUUUAUGGUGGUUAGUAUAUUAGAAGUCCUACACUUGUGCCGUAACAGGAGAGACUAUCUACAAGUGUUGGUUAAAAACCCUGAAAGCCCUGAGUUUGACAAGCUUCUGCUAGGUUUACCUGAGAAACCAACCAUCACAAACACAGAAACGGAAGUUGACAAGGAUUUCACUGUUAUGUGGUCAGAGGCUGAGGCCAACAGCAGUAAUGGCAGCAUUAAAUACCGUCUGGAAUGGAGGAAACAACCCAUGACAGGAUCCACAGAAAUGGUUCAACGAGAAAAUAUUGUGGAAACUCACCUCAAGAUAACUGGUCUUGAGUAUGACGCAGAGUAUGAAGUGAAACUGUUUGCUGUCAACGAACAAGGAGACAGUGAGCCAGAUGUCAGAACAUUUAAGACAAAGAGUGGUAUGUACCUUUAUUCAAGACUUCUCACUUUACUUUUGGUAGAAUUGUUUGAAAUGAAAUAA